AUGGAUCAAUAUGCUGCAAAAAAGUUAUGUGAUUUAAUAGCAAAAUGUGAAUACUUUUCAUUGUGUCUGGAUGAAAGCACUGAUCAAGCAGAUUUAAGUCAACUGUUAAUUUUUGUUCGAACUAUUCAAGAGGACUUUACUUUUAAUGAAGAACUCCUCAGUCUUGUAUCUUUACAUGGGACUACUAAAGGUACUGACAUUUUUGAAGCAGUUCAAAAGUCUGUUAUGAACUAUGGACGAUUUGAUAAAUGUUCCUGCAUUGUAACAGAUGGGGCCAAAGCUAUGACAGGGACUGGAAGCGGUUUUCGUGGACUAUUGAAACAAAAUAAUAUUACCUGCCCAACAAUUCAUUGCAUAAUUCACCAAGAAGCACUCUGUGGAAAAUUUCUAUGUCAAGCCAAUCCCCUGAAAGCAAUAGAUCUUUGUCAUCGUAAGUUUCGCGAUUUCUUGAGUGAAAUGGAUGCUGCAUAUGGGGGAUUUGCUCUUUCAUUCUGA